AUGUUUCCUUCCAAGGAAAAGUCGGCUCACGACUACCCGGACGUGCCAGCGUCCCUCAACCACGACUCCUUCGAGUUGCAAGAUGCCAAACGCAACCAGCUAGCACCCCCGCCUCCGGAUACUGCGGGAGGCAUCACGCCCUAUCUCGGCCUCCGGGCCAGGCUCUCGCAGAUCUGGAUCAACCGAUGGACGGUGCUACUCAUCCUCGUCCUCGUGCGCGUCCUCAUUCUUCUUGCCGGUCUCAACGAUGACAUCGGAGAUGCAAAGAUCAAGGCGCUGUCCGCGUGUACCAAGGUGGAGGACAUUGGUAGUGCCAUGGCCUCCAUGCCUCAUUACCUGUCGGUCGGCGUCAACUCCCUUGCCGCCGAGGGCAUCACCACGGCUGUCAACGCCAUGGUCACCGUCCUCAUGAUGAUCCUCACUGCCGUUGAGCAGCUCAUCAUGUUCGUCAUCCAGAUGUACAUCGGUACCUACGUCUGCCUGACUGGAGCCGUCAUCCACGGCACGUUCGACAUUGGCAUCGGCGCCGCGGAUGCUGCUACGAAAGCCAUGAAUGCGGUCAUCACCGACGUCACCAAUGGCCUCAACGACGAUGUCAAGAAAGUCCAGGAUGUGAUUAACGACACCUUCGGAAAGAUUGCCAACAGCGUUAGCGGCCUCUUUGGCGGAAAGCUAGACCCCCCGAAGCUCGACAUCAGCGGCCGUGUCAACGACCUGCGCAACAUCAAGAUCGACGACACCGACUUCGUCAAGACCCUCAAGACCCUCAACUCGACCAUUCCGACAUACGACGAGGCCAAGAAGGCGACCGAGGAUGCCAUCGCGAUUCCCUUCAACAUGCUCAAGACCCUUGUCAAUGGCACCUACGGCGGAUAUGCAUUCGACAAGAAGGUCUUCCCCGUCGCGCAGAAGGAGGCGCUGUCUUUCUGCUCCUCCAACUCCAAGCUCAACGACUUCUUCGAGAGCCUGUACAAACUCGCCGCCAAAGCCAAGAUUGCGUUCAUUGUCGUCAUCCUUGUGCUCGCCAUCCUCGCCUGCGUCGUCAUGGCGUGGUGGGAGAUCAAGCGGUACCGCCGCCAGCAGCGCCACGCCAAGGUCUUUACCGAGCACGGCUACGACCCCAUGGACGUCGUCUACAUUGCCGGGCGACCCGUCACGGCGACCGCAGGCAUCAAGAUUGCUUCACGCUUCAAGGGCAAGCGCCAGCUGCUGGUCCGCUGGGCCGUCGCCUACGGCACCUCCCUGCCGGCCAUCUUUGUCCUCUCCCUCGCCAUCGCCGGCUUCUUCUCCUGCCUGUGCCAGUUCAUCCUGCUCCGCAGCAUCCAGAAGGAGGCACCCGUGCUCGCCAACCAGGUCGGCGACUUUGCCGGCUCGGUCGUCACGACGCUCGAGGACGCCUCGAUGAAGUGGGCCGUCGACGCCAACGGCGUCAUCACCAAGUUCAACACCGAGGUCAACGACGACCUGUUCGGGUGGGUGACCAACGCCACGACGGCCGUCAACAACACGCUCAACACGUUCACCACCGAGAUCAAUGACGGCAUCACCAAGGUCUUUGGCGGCACGGUGCUCGAGAACACGGUGCGCGGCGUCGUCCGCUGCCUCAUCGGCCUCAAGGUCGAGGCCGUCGAGAAGGGCCUGACGUGGGUGCACGACCACGCGCACGUGUCCUUCCCGCUCUUCCCCAACGACACCUUCUCCAUGGGCGCCAAGGAGUCCGUCAGCGGCGACUCGCAGCUCACGUCCUUCCUGUCGAGCCCGUCGAGCGUGACGACCGACGAGAUCACGGGCGCCGUCGACCGCGUCAUCAACCACAUGCACGCCAACCUCGUCAAGGAGGCGCUCAUCUCGACGGGCCUGCUGCUCGUGUACGUCAUCGUCGUCCUGAUCGGCGUCGUCCGCAGCGCGGUCGGCAUGAUGACGCCCGACCGGACGCGCGGCGAGGGCGGGCAGCGGUACUACCUCACGGGCGACGGGCGGCCGCCGAUGAGCCCCCGCGGCGCUGCUGCGGCCGACAACGACAGCAACAACGCGCGGUUCCCGCAGUUCGGCGAGAGCAGCGGCAGCUCGGACCUCGUGGCGGGCGCGUCGUCCUCGUCGUCGGCGGCGGCGGCGAGGGCGAGGAGCGACGAGAAGUUCGCGCAGGAGUACUGGAGCAAGAACUCGGUGCCCGGCGGCAAGGGGCUCAAGAGCCCCGGCCACUGGCGCAAGAGCAGCUACGGGCACGUCGAGGACGCGGGCAGGUGA